GCCAUCGAUCGCGCCCGCUGCCUGCGCCUGCGCCGGUUGAUUGAUUCGGGCGCGCGGUCCCGGCCAUGGCGCAACUGCCGCCCAAGAUCCCCACCAUGGCGCCGGCCUGGCCGGAGUUCGGGGGCGGGCACCACCACAGCGCCCACGCCCGCCACCACCAUCACCAGCGCAGCCCCUCCAUGGGGGCCUUCCUCGCCGCGCCAAUGCCGCCGCUCCCGCCCCCAGCGCCCGCCAGCGGGGACGCGGCGCAGCCGCAGCCUUCCUGGGUCGACGAGUUCCUCGACUUCUCGGCCGCCAAGCGCGGCGCGCACCGCCGCACGGUCAGCGACUCCACCGGCUUCCUCGACGACAGCAAUGCCGCCGUCGGCGCGAACGAGUUCGACCGCCUCGACGACAGCCAGCUCAUGUCCAUUUUUUCCGACGAGUUGGCCCCACAGCGGCAGGCGCAGGCGGCGAGCGCGUCGUCGCUGUCUAAUCACAACAGCAUCAACGACGAGAAGCAGGACAAGGGCGACGCCGAGGAGGCGCAGAGCGAAUGCAACGGCGACGGCGCGGCGCCUGGGCAGCCGUCCUCGGCCGCCACAGUCGAUCCCAAGCGGGUCAAGAGGAUCCUGGCAAACCGGCAGUCGGCGCAGCGGUCACGCGUGCGCAAGCUGCAGUACAUCUCGGAGCUCGAGCGCAGCAUCACGUCGCUCCAGAAGGAGGUGUCGGCAUUGUCCCCGCGCGUGGCAUUCCUCGACCACCAACGCUCGCUGCUGACGCUGGGGAACAGCCACCUCAAGCAGCGCAUCGCGGCGCUCGCGCGGGACAAGAUCUUCAAAGAUGGUGACCGGCAUUGCCACCCCUCGCAAUUUAUUUCGAAAUUUCUCACCGGCCACCGUCCGAAUUCAAUUCAAUUCAAAACAAUCCACCCCUUUGCUAACUAACUCCCUGUGCGUGAACGAAUCUGUUGUGCGCGCUCAGCUCAUCAGGAGGCACUGAAGAAGGAGAUAGAGAGGCUGAGGCAAAUCUACCAGCAGCAGAGCCUUAGGAAUGUAGAACCCCCGGCACACGACGACGGUCGUCCCCUGGCCCGCAGCGACAACAACGGCUUGAUCGCCGGCGAGGGGACCGCCGCACCCUCGUGAUCAAGAUCCGGCCCGUCGGCCUCAGGACAACCAAGUGUUGUCGUUGUUCUUCUUGCUGCCGUUGUUAGGAUUUGGUGCACUGCAUUGGCUUGGUUUGCAUUCUUCGGGGUGUGAUGAUGUAUGUAAGUCAGUUUGUUCUUUCCGGUGGGUGGUUGCCAAUUUGUUCAUUCUUGGUUCCUCUAUCUGCUCCUGAUUAUUCUUCUCUACUUCCCCUGAUUUGUAAUUUUUUU